AUGGAAAGCAUUCCUCAAGCGGAACGGCGAACCUACUUCCGACGGAUGCUUCAGAGGGAGCUGGCCGACUCCCUUAUACGAUGUGCUCCUCUAGAAGAUAUAAGAGUGCUUCUGGCUUUAGGGGCGCAAGUCAACGAGCCGGUGGCACAGGGCUUGCGGCCGAUCCACUACGCGAUUUAUCAACAGUACCAGCUAGCGGUGGAAUUCCUCCUACUCCGGGGCUGCCAAGUGGACGCGAUGGACGACGUUGGAUAUACGGCACUUCAUCUCUGCGCCGAAAAAGGAUUCCUCGAACUCGCGGAGCUGCUGAUGAGCUAUGGGGCUCGAGUGUGUUUCACCGACGUCGAUACGGAAGGUCGAACUUACUACGGCAAUCCUCCCCGAGUAACGAUGGCCGACGAACCUUUACGCAUCGCAAUUCGGAACGAUCACUUCGAGAUGGCCGAACUGCUACUGAAGCAUGGCGCGAAUCCUAACGCGAGAUAUUUCCUUGGAUCUGAAAUGAACCUCAUUUCACCCUUGGCCAUCUCGUAUCUGGAGUUGCUGCUGCGCUACGGGGGUGAUCCGAACUCCAAAGAUCGGAGUGGACUGACUCCACUGAUGAAAGCCUGCAGACAUCCUCAGGGUUACGAUGCCGCGGAGCUGCUCGUGCGUUAUGGUGCGGACGUGAAUGCCAUGGCAGGCGCACGACAUGACUUCCGAACAGUGCUGCACUACGCGGUCCUGUCAUCGAACAAGGACAUAGUCAAACUCGUGCUCUCAAAAGGCGCCAAAGUGAACAUGGAUCCAGGUUAUGCGCAUCCCACUCCUCUCGACUUUUCUGUUCUGAGGGCGAAUAUCGAACUGAUUCAAUUACUGCUCGAUUGGGGAGCAGACAUCAACACUGGAUCGCCCGUGAUCGGGUCGCCGUUGCACAUCGCCUUAUCGGAACACUCCGAUAACUCCAAGGAGAUCGUGAAGCUUCUCCUGGAAAACGGCGCCGAUCCCAACUCUAUCACUUACACAGAAGAGGGCAAGCCUUUCCUGAAGCCUCCGAUCGGCGAAUAUUUUCUGUCAACCGAUGAAUUCCGAGCUCAUCGACCCCGGGAGGAUAUAGUGAGGCUCUUGCUGAAAUACGGAGCCAAGGUCGUGAUGACUCUUCAGACGCAGAAUGAACUCGGAAUCUUGAAAACCAUUCAGAACGUACAAGACUAUCCCGAAGUCGUGAACCUGGUGUGCGAAUGCAGUGAGCAGAACUGGAGCAGCAAUGUCGUUCGUCGUUCGAAUGUGCUCAAACCCGACGUGCGUUCACUUCUCUUGCAAACAGCUUCCACUCCGCAGACUCUGCGACAGCAAUGCCGCAGCAAAUUGCGGAAGCUUCUCGGAACGAACGCCAGGGAGGUCAUAGAGAAUGUUCCCAAGCUAGACAUGCUGCCGAAAUGUUUGAGGAGGCACCUCCUGUACGAGCUGUGAUUAUACCCGUUUGAGCCUUGCAUUCGCUGUAGCUCGCUGUGAUCAAGCACAAAUGUUCCUGGCUUCUACGGCUCAUACCGAUUGUGUGUUCAUGACAAGCGAUCUGGUCAGAGAUGAAUGCCCGCUCGCAGCUCAGAAAGAGAGUCUGGAGGACAAGCUCUCUGGAACUGUACGAAAAAUGCAAAAUAAUUGCCGCGCUCACACUGUAAACUCGCUGUAUCUACAAUGUAUACCUCCAGCAUAAGCUUCUUCGAGUUCGGACCCUGGGGUCAGACUGGGCAAUAUCCAGACUCGGUAAGACGAUAAGUGAGAUCUAACAAUAGGUCCAGAUAAUAGACCUUGCAAAAGAAUAGGAGAAAAAAAAGUGUGAUAAUGGAUGUAA